AUGGAUGGGUGGCGAAGGCAGAUACUCGACGAAUACGGCUUCAAGACGUUCCGGCUACGGCUAGGCGUGCCGGCUUUGGACGCGGCGAUAGGCCCUCUACAAAGUCAAAAUGGCAGCCUCUUCGAGAUUGCUGGGCUAACAGGCACCGGGAAAACGCAGUUCCUCUACACGCUCGUCGCAAAUUUGCUGAUCGAACAGCCGAACGAGCGCUGCAUGUGGCUCGACACGAACGGCUCAUUUCGACCCUCAAGGCUCAUACAAAUUCUUGAGAAUCGGGCGUAUCAGAAUCCCGCUUCCGCCCUCACUCGAAUAGCCUUCUCGCGGAUAAACGGCGCCCGAGCAUUGAUCACGGCGCUGGAGAAAAUUUCGGAGCACCUCGAUCUCGUCACCCCGGCUCUUCUCAUCAUUGACAGUUCGAUAAAUGCGCUCUACGGGACGACGUGCGGCGACUUGAGAAAUGGUCGAUCAAUUGUGACUGAAGUUCUGGAGCUGCUCGAGGAAAUCGCCACCGUGGGCACCGUGGUGAUAUCAGUAAAUGGAAUCACCACAUACGACGAUGUUCCACGGCCACAUUUGGGACAGCAAUGGGUCUCAGCAUUCGCGCGGCAGCUGGUUUUUGUGCAAAAGGAGGACGAUUCGAGGAUUAUUAGGGUUCCCAGCGGCGACGUGAACAACGGGGCGUUCGGCAUCAGCGAGCUGCCGUUCCGCAUCACCGAGGCCGGCGUCGAGGCGCAUUUCCCUGCUCACCGAGAAGAGCCAAAUCCGAUGAGGAUGACCGAAUUUUCCGAGGAUCAUCGCCAGAACAUAGAAGCGACGUUUUUAAGCAGCAUUGUCGAAUUUUUCCAACUGAACGAGCCGAAGAAGCUGACGAUGGGACGCCAAUUAACGAAAUUAAACGACUCUUACCUUCACAGUGCCUACGUCACCUUCAAGGAGUUAUGCCCGUCCAGUGAAAAUUGCAGCUUGGCGCCGCCAUUUUUGGAAGCCCCUUCACAAUACAGGUUUUCAAAGUCCUACGGCCUGACGGCGUGCACCAUCUACAAAAACAUGUCCACCCUACUGACCGCGAUAAUGUGCUAUUUGCACGACAAGAAAAGAAGUCUCAACGCAAAGGCUGAUUUUUAUAGCCAGUGGGACGAUCUGAGGCCUUGCCGAAACCAAAACGAGGCCGAAGAUUGGGGCAGCGUCGAGGGCCUGAUGGGGCUGAACAUUACCGAUGUCGCCAAGUUUUCCUUGAUCCGCCAUCCGCUCGAAAAAUUCAUCACAGAGAAGAGCUGCAUGGAAUGCCUGGACCUGAAUUGCAUCCUCGACAAACUCCUCCAAUUCGCAGAGGAUUUUCGAGCAAAGCGGAGAUGGGGAAGGAAUCCGAGGCGUCACCUCAAUGCCCAUUUCCUGCCGCAAAAUUGGCACUGCGACUUCGGCACGAUGCUUGUAGAAUAUGAGUUGAUCCGCUAUAGCAGUGAGGAGGACCAGAAGAUGAUCGCCGACCUGGAGAAGGUUUUUCGAAAUGUGCAUGUGACAGAAGAAGAGAUUUCUUACUGCCUUCCUGACCCUGAUAAUCUAACUAAAGACGAAGCUGAAGUUGAUGAAACGAUUGUCGAACAGCGCAAAACCAUCGAAAUCGAUUUUCUCGACGACUUGGAGCUGUAUUUCGGGCUAUCCGAGGCUCACAGAUUGACGUUCCAACGUCAAUUAUCGACUUUCGAAGACGGUCCCUUGAUCAAUGCCUACGAGGUCUUCAAAGAGUUAUGCCCAUCCAAGCACGCCUGCGAAUUGGCAGCACCAUUUUUGAACAUACCGUCGCAGUAUCGGUUUGCUACACAUUACAACCUAACCGCCUGUACCAUCUACAAAAAUAUGUCGACGCUUCUCACCGCGAUUAUGUGCUAUUUACACGACCAAAAACGAAGCCUGAAUGCGGAGACCGAUUUCUUUACGCAAUGGGACGAGUUGAGACCGUGUCUCGGCAUUAAUGAAGCGGAUCGCUGGCCAAAAGUACCGCGAUAUAUGAGGAAGAAGACAGAAGAUAUCAAGAAAUUUUCGCUGGUUCGGAAUCCGUUAGAACGGUUUAUGUCUGCCUAUGUGAACAUAUGCUUGGAUCGAGCUCGAUGCCAAGAAUGCCAGGAUCUAGAGUGUAUCCUCGACAAACUCCAAAACUACACAAGCGACUAUCAACAAACUAGCGUCUGGUCAAGGCGAAACGAGCAUGUGAAUGCGCAUUUUAUGCCCCAGAAUUGGCGCUGCGAAUUCGGCUCAAUGCUAGAGGAAUAUCACUUAAUCCGAUACUCUAGUGAAGACCAGAAAAAGUUGCUCGACGAUCUUACACAAUAUUUUAAAGGCGUAGGGGUCGAUGAAGAGAGUAUAGCUUACAUAACACAGCAACUCACAUCCGGAAAAACCCCACACGCAACGGCUGGCAAGGAAAAGCGCAAAAUAGAACUCCAGAAGCUCCUCUCUACCCCGGAACUGAUGCGAAAAUACAUGAAGCUGUAUUUCUUUGAUUAUUUGGUGCUGGGAUACGAGAUGCCAGAAGCAAGGCUGCUGGGAUCGGGCCAUGCGGUCCUAGAUUGUGUGAAGGAGUGGACGUUGUGCCCGGGAAAAGACGGUGUCCUCCUCUGCACCCUGAAGCAAUAUCUCGUCGAUCCGGAAUCCGGAACAUGCGAAUUCCAAGGCUGCCCUCUGGGCCAGGUGGAGGUGACAGUCAGCGGCAAGAGGAGCUGCGUGCCGCUGAAUCGCAUCGUUAAUGGCAGUCUCACUUCUAAAUGGCAGUGGGAUGGCUGUUCUAAGCAGUUCUACAUCAACUGCGGCAACUAUUUGCCAGUUUGCGUCAAUGCCGAUACGUUGACGUCAUAUAACGUCAGCGCGGGAGGCUGCGUUACCGAAGGCUGCCCUCCUACGACGCACCCGUGCAAAGUAGAAAACGGAACGGAAUGCCUUUACUACGACGACCUGAAGGAGGUCAUCCUGAAACGCGGGGUCGACGAGUGCAUCCGUGCCACGGCUGAAGAGAAGGCUGCUGCGAGGGCUACUGUUCCGCCGGCCGCCCAGGAGAAGACCGAGCCAAAAGGCUGCCCCAUCGGCCACCAUCCAUGUUCCAUCCGCGAGAAGGGCGACAAGAAAAUCUGCAUGCCCUACUGGCAUAUCAAGUCCGUCGGCGACCACGACAGCUGCCAGCUCGUCAACCCCAACGAGUUGCCGAACCUGAAGCCGGCGAAGGAGUGUGCGGGGCUGAAGAACACGUUGGCCUGUUGGGCGGCCAACGACGACUACACGUGCAUCGGCUUCGAGCGGAUCAACUCGAUGACCGUCGACAAGCAGAACAAGACCAUCUGCACAUUUGCAAAAUGCACCGGAGAAGAUGCCCUCUUGUGUAGCGCCGAGUGCCAAAGCAUCCAUGAGGUCAAGAGGGUGCUGCCGGGAGGAGAGUGCGAAUUCCGCACCCUCCGCCGUGGCCAGAUCAUCAUGAUCAUCUCGUGCUCCAUCAUCGGAACCGUGGCCGUGAUCGCUAUUGUGGCUCUGCUCACCCGCGUCGUCAUCCUCCAGAAGAACCGGAACAAGCCGAUCGAGCAUCGCCCGUCCAGCAUGGAGAACAAGCACCAGGAUGGUGACAGCAACGAGAAGCGCCCAUUCCUGCCCUCCAAGAACCCGAAGGCCUUCAACGAGAAGCCCCAAGUC